AUGAAUAUUCAAAACCUCUCCAGUUACGAUCCCUUCGCCGAUCUCGGCGACGAGUCCAAGCCCGAAGCCACCUCGCAGGCCGCCAAGAAGCAGCAGACACAGGAACGCUACGUCCACAUCCGCAUCCAGCAGCGCAACGGUCGCAAGACGCUCACCACGCUCCAGGGUCUGCCCAAGGAGUAUGACCAGAAGAAACUGCUGAAGGCGUUCAAGAAGGAAUUCGCAUGCAACGGUACCAUCGUUGACGACGAGGAUCUCGGCCAGGUCAUUCAGCUCCAGGGCGACCAGCGUCAGAAGGUGGCCACUUUCAUCGUCCAGGAGGGCAUCACCCCCAAGACCGACGUCAAGGUGCACGGUUUCUAA